AUGGAGACUCCCAUAUUACUGUCAAUGCAAGAGAGCAGGUACUUCCCACUUGCUGAUAUCGACCCUGCAAACCCCGCAGCUUCUUGGUGCACUCGCUGUGUUCAUCGCAUUUCCAUUCGCCCAACGCAUGUCUGUGGAAUUGUGGCUGUUGAUGGCAAAUGCUCAUACUGUAGCUCUACUGGCUGGGAUUGUCUCUCCAUGGGUUGA